AUGGCUCAGUACAAGGGCACGAUGCGCGAGGCCGGCAGGGCCAUGCACCUGAUCAAGCAGCGGGAAAAGCAGAAGGAGCAGAUGGAGGUGCUGAAGCAGCGGAUCGCCGAGGAGACCAUCAUCAAGUCGAAGGUGGACAAGAAAUUCUCGGCUCAUUACGACGCCGUGGAGGCCGAGCUGAAGUCGAGCACGGUGGGCCUGGUGACCCUGAACGACAUGAAGGCCAAGCAGGAGGCCCUGCUGAAGGAGCGAGAGAGGCAGCUAGCUAAGAGGGAGCAGCUGGAGGCGCGGCGGCUGCAGCUGGAGGCGCUGCGGGAGAAGGAGCGCAAGCAGGAGCAGAAGCGCAAGAUCUGCAGCCUGUCCUUCACGCCCGACGAGGGUGACGCGGGCGACGCGGACGCGGAUGCGGCGGCUGGGGAGCGGCCCAGGUCCGCGGGGCUGAGCAAGAGGAAGAAGAACCUGGGGAAGAAUCCAGACGUGGACACGAGCUUCCUGCCGGACCGCGAGCGCGAGGAGGAGGAGAACCGGCUGCGGGAGCAGCUGCGGCAGGAGUGGGAGGCCAGGCGCGAGAUGGUGAAGCGCGAGGAGAUGGAUGUCACGUUCAGCUACUGGGACGGCUCGGGGCACCGGCGCACGGUCCGCAUCCACAAGGGCAGCACGGUGCAGCAGUUCCUGAGGAAGGCGCUGCAGGGGCUGCGCAAGGACUUCCGCGAGCUGCGGGCGGCCGGCGUGGAGCAGCUCAUGUACAUCAAGGAGGACCUGAUCCUGCCCCACUACCACACCUUCUACGACUUCAUCGUCACCAAGGCCCGGGGCAAGAGCGGGCCGCUCUUCAGCUUCGACGUGCACGACGACGUGCGGCUGCUGAGCGACGCCACCAUGGAGAAGGACGAGUCGCACGCGGGCAAGGUGGUGCUGCGCAGCUGGUACGAGAAGAACAAGCACAUCUUCCCCGCCAGCCGCUGGGAGCCCUACGACCCCGAGAAGAAGUGGGACAAGUACACGAUCCGAUGA